AUGGCCAGCUUACUUCGACAAGGAAAUCGUAAUGAACCUCCUGUAUCUGCAGCUAGUCAACGUACACUACCAAUACCAACUGAGUAUAGUCGUUCAAAAAAAUCAGAUAAACCAGCAUCUAAUACAUGGGAAGCAGGACAAGUAUGGAUUCAAAAUAUUGCAAAAGAAGAUUCAGCAAGAAAACAAUGGGAAAAAAUGCAUGGAUGGAUGGCUGAUUAUGAUGCUAAAGCCAAUAUUAAACCAAGAAAACGUAUAGCAGAAAAUGUUACACGUUUUUCUAAUACGGUUCCUAAUUCUCGUGGUCAUGAUUAUGGUUGGCGUUUAGAAAGUGAUUUAGGACAAGAAAUAAAUAAUUUACAAGGACGUCUUAAUAUGCAAUAUAAAAAACAACGAUCAAAAGAAAUACUUGGUUAUGAUUGA